AAAAUGCAAAUCUUUGUAAAGACCCUCACUGGCAAGACCAUCACUCUGGAGGUGGAGCCCAGCGAUACCAUCGAGAAUGUGAAGGCCAAGAUCCAGGAUAAAGAGGGCAUCCCACCCGACCAGCAGAGGCUCAUCUUUGCAGGCAAGCAGCUGGAAGAUGGCCGCACUCUUUCUGACUACAACAUCCAGAAAGAGUCAACCCUGCACCUCGUUCUUCGUCUGAGAGGUGGUAUGCAGAUCUUCGUGAAAACCCUCACUGGCAAGACCAUCACCCUGGAGGUGGAGCCCAGCGAUACCAUCGAGAAUGUGAAGGCCAAGAUCCAGGAUAAAGAGGGCAUCCCACCCGACCAGCAGAGGCUCAUCUUUGCAGGCAAGCAGCUGGAAGAUGGCCGCACUCUUUCUGACUACAACAUCCAGAAAGAGUCAACCCUGCACCUCGUUCUUCGUCUGAGAGGUGGUAUGCAGAUCUUCGUGAAAACCCUCACUGGCAAGACCAUCACCCUGGAGGUGGAGCCCAGCGAUACCAUCGAGAAUGUGAAGGCCAAGAUCCAGGAUAAAGAGGGCAUCCCACCCGACCAGCAGAGGCUCAUCUUUGCAGGCAAGCAGCUGGAAGAUGGCCGCACUCUUUCUGACUACAACAUCCAGAAAGAGUCAACUCUGCACCUUGUCCUUCGUCUGAGGGGCGGCUGUUAAAGUGCCCAAUGAUGGCAUUACUCUGCACUAUGGCCUUUUCUCUCAGUUUAAGUUUAGAAAUAACCAGUUUCAGUAAUCACUGAAUCUGUUCAAAAUGUUAAUAAAAUUUUUGUUGCAUGGUAGCA